AUGGCCUCCUUCCUUGAGAGGGCGAAAGCCAGAGUUGUCUCGACAAACAAACCGCAAGCACCUCUCAUUAAUAAGAGCAGCAUGACGAAUGACAUCCAGAAGCGUGGAUCUACAUUGGAAUUCACAUCCGGCCCCGCCCGUCAGAAGCGCCUCAGAACCCACUCUCUAGGACCAGCUUCGGCUGCAGAGAACACUGCUGUCAGCUCUUCUGUGAACAAGAACUCUUCAAAGAUCGCAGCUUCCAGCUCUCAAAGUAUUGUUGAGCAGUUGCAGGCACAGGUCUUGAAGCUAGUCAAUGAUCAAGCGGAAGAUCGCGCACGAUUUCAGUCCAAGCUAGCCGCUCAAGACAACCAUCUGCAGCGACUUCAAGAAAAGUUGGACGAUCGUCGAAGCAUUCCUGCUUAUCCACGCCCUCCAACAGCGCUAUCUGAUGGAUCCCAUGCGAACGGCCCCGACGAGAGGGAUAUGGAUUACGAAGAAGUCAAGAAGGAGACCAGUGUACUGAAUAUCUAUGAUGAAUCUCCAGAACCACCACAGAACAGGAGAUCAAUAAGUAGGCAAUCAGCCCCGACAUUGCAGUCACAAAAGAAUUCAUCUUUUGAGGAGGACGUAAACCUUCCCCCAGUCACGACGCAGGCGAUUGCUUUCUAUGAUGGCAUGCAGAUGCCAUAUGUUAUUCGUGGGCUCGCACCAUGCGACAAAUUCGAGCUCCCGGCUCGGCCAAAUGAGAGGUUUUCUCAUGAGUUUCUGAAGAAGGUCUUUGGUGGGAGCCCAAUCUCGAACGGCUGUUACAAGAUUCCCGCCAAAAACCGACAGCGUCGUCUCUUCCCAGAUCUGGAUAUCUACCGAGUCUUGAAGGCUGAACAUGAUCCGUUAUUACCCCGGCACCCUGGUCAGCACGGAGCACAGAUAUCGUGCAUAUUCUCUGACGAAGAAAUUGAAGGCGACUUUCCUCUCUUUAUCUGUGAUAGCGGAGCAGGUACCGGAUAUCGGUAUUAUGGCACCUAUCGAGAACCUCGAGCUUCAGAUAUUAUCGGAGGAAGUGAAAUGUGUUGUGUUCCCGAUCAUGUCAAACAGUUCUGGGCAAAGCUACUUGGUAUGCAGAAUGGUAACGGAAAGUCGAGCAAUGCUCUCGAUACUCUGAUUCACGAGUGGCCACGUGUCUCAGUGGGCUGA